GAAAGUGAGUUCCCAGUUUAGAUGUCAUAUCCAGUUGCUACCUGUCACGAGGAAGACACGAGUGUCCAAGCGGGUGUUAAAAGGCGAGUGCCCUUAGCACUGCUCUUACAACAAGAGCAAAAUACUGACUGAAGAGUUAAGACAGAGAAAGUUAGUGGCUAGUUACCAGCACCGAACCCAUGGAAGAGACGAUGGAGACCCGGCACAGAGCGAGACUCGCCAUUGUUGAACUGGUCAACAUGCUAAGCGUUCCUAUGUCCCUCAACGCCAUCGUCCGCCUCAACGUUCCCGACGCAAUCUGGCAAGGUGGGACUAAUACCCCUCUCACCGCCUCCCAGAUCCUCACGAAAGUUCUCCCCUCCGGCGGUGGGGAUGCCGAGAACCUCCAGCGCAUCCUCCGUAUGCUCACUAGCUAUGGUGUGUUCGCCGAGGUACUGGAUGAUACUGACCGUGCGGAGAGAAAAUACUCACUAACUGAGAUCGGGAAGAUGCUCGUCACCGACGCCGACGGUCUUUCCUGCGCGUCUUACGUGCUCCAGCACCACCAGGACGAGCUAAUGAAAGCAUGGCCAUUGGUUCACGAGGCGGUGGUGGAUCCGAAAUCGGAACCAUUCGUGAAGGCGAACGGUGAGCCGGCGUACACUUACUACGGGAAGAGGCCGGAGAUGAUUGGGUUGAUGCGGAAGGCUAUGUCGGGAGUCUCCGUGCCUUUCAUGAAAGCAAUGCUAGAAGCCUACAGUGGGUUUGAUGGGAUCCAGCGCCUGGUUGACGUCGGCGGCAGUGCCGGCCAUUGCCUGAGGAUGAUAUUACAGAAAAAUCCCAAUAUUCGUGAAGGCAUUAAUUUCGACCUGCCUGAGGUCGUUGCCAAAGCACCAAACUUUCCCGAUACUAUGACCAGGUGAGCUUGGGGCCUGUAUGUAAGAGUGUAUGAGUUGUAGCUUGAUGUGCACUGUCAAAGCUAUUAUCUACUAGUUUAAGCUUUUAGUUUGAAUAAAAUCUUUACCUUGCC